GUGUGUGUGUAUAUAUUGUGUAUAUAAAGAAUAGCUCUUUUCAAGAAACUUACAGCUUUCUCUUGGUCUGGUACCAGAACACCCCUUGUCUGCACAAGUGAAUUUGGGUUUGGUUGCAGCCAACAUACCACCCCAGAACAAAGGAUCCCCUCUCUCCCUCCCAGACCUCCCCUCAGUUCUCCCGAUCGAGGAAGACCUUCCUCCUUACUCCCUAAUGAUGUCGGGCAGCACUUCCAAGAUCAACUGUCGUGUAUGUCAGUCCCUCAUUAGUGUGAAGGCAGACAGCCACCAGCACCUUGUUAAGUGUGGGGUCUGCAACGAGGCAACGCCCAUUAAGAACCCUCCUCCUGGUAAGAAGUAUGUGCGCUGUCCUUGUAACUGUCUCUUGAUCUGCAAAGCAACUUCACAGAGAAUGGCCUGUCCCCGUCCUUACUGUAAGAGAAUUAUAAACUUGGGUCCAGUGGAGUCAGAUUCAGGUCCUGUCAGCCCAGAGCUGCAGCCUUGUGGAGCCAGAGUGAGCUGUGGACACUGCGCUCACACAUUCCUGUGGACUGACUUUACAAAGAAGAAACUCGCCAGAUGCCCUCACUGUCGGAAAGUGUCCUUUAUUGGACGGCGUUACCCCUGGCAACGCUGUGUUUACUUUUUCAUGCUGGGUCUCUUCUUUGCUGUCAUUGCUGGAGGACUAAUGGCUUGCACUUGGCAGGAGGCUGAGCAGUACGGAGCGAUCUAUGCCAUCUGGGCUGUGGUUCUGGUUCUGUGUGUGGUUUGUCUGGGUUGGGCGGUUUACUGGGCCUGCAUUAAAAUCAGCGAGCCUGUACAGAACUACACAUAGAGGGAAAGAGGGAGGAGAGGAGGAGGAAGAGGAAGGAGAGGGGUGGAAGGGAGAGGGGUGGGAGAAAAGGAGAGAGAGGAGCUGAUUUAUAACUAUACUGAUUAAACUGGAGAGAGUGAGAGUUAGAGGAGCGGGGGGGGGGGGGGGGUUACAGAGACAGACAUUAUUAUAAAAAGUUUCUUGUUAAAGGAGAAUUCAAAAGUAAGGCAACACACCCGCCUAUUGCUACAAAUGUGCCUUACAGUAAAAAUCCAGAGUGAGUGAGAGAGAGGAGGGAUGGAGCAAAAGAGAGAGAGAGAGAGAUGUUAAUUAGCCAAUCUCAAUAAUAAUAAUUGUUCUGUCAUUAAAUUCAAAUUGACUUUAUUAGCAUGUAAAAAUAAGUGUUGUCAAAGCACAUACAUGGCACAAACAACAACAAUAUAUACAAAUAAAUAAAGAAAAUGCAGUGCACAUAAAUAUAUAUAUAUAUAUACACACACACACAUAUACAGCAGCCUCCAGGAUCAUUCAUACCCCCAAUACACUGCAACUGGUUUGAGCAAAAUAAAUGCAAGCGCUCUCCCAAGACUGUCCGCAUGAAAGCUUCAAGACCAUCGGCACUGGACACUGCCAAGAAAUAUCUGAAAACACGACGUUCAAACCUCUUCACACCCUUUAAAUUAAAAUGCAGUUAUCCCAGACAAACAUGCCCCCACAAUUCCUCAUGCCCAAUCUAUCCAUGCUACAAACACCGAACGCACACCUGCAUCUUCCACCAAAACUUUCAGUUACAUUGUAUCAAGUGCAUGAACAGUCCCAGAGUCCACUGCACACAUACAUAUACAUACAUAUAAACACUUCCCUUACAGGAUAUGUCGAUCCGCUUUUAUCUAAGUCAGCAAGCAACACUUAUAAGCCGUAUAAAACCGUAUAAGACAAAAUGUGUUCCAUUUCCUUACCCUAAGCACAGUAAGUAUGUAAGCCACAGCAUACUCUAGCCUGUCUCAGCAGUCAGGUGAGCGAGCAAUCAGGAAUCCUGUUUGUGACGCCAAUUCUGUAAGAAAUAUUUUUAGAACACGGAAACAAUACAAUAGAGGUCAAGCUUAAACAGUUUGACAAGUUUAUUGUCUUUUGGUCACAACGACCACAGAACUGGAAGCUCCUCUCAAGGAUACUUAGUGAGAUACAUCUUCCCUGUCCCUUUAUACAGUUCUCUCCCUACAGCAAAUCAGCAUUAGGUUACAAAGUACAAGAAAACAAAAAAGUACACAUAUUCAUUUGAUUGGUUAAAGACUUAUUCCCAUUGUAAAUAUUUGCUAUGCCAGAUCUUAUCGUGGCACAAGGUUUAUGGCUGGCCAUCUGCACUUUACCAGGUAAAUAUUUAAUAAUAGCUAACUCACCCAGACACUAUAGCCCACCUCACACUUAGCACACAGAAUUCCCUGAGAGUGCAAUUUGUCAAACUUUUGCUCAGGUUUGAGCUUUGCUGUUACCCAGAACACUUGAUAAUCAGAGAAACACAAAAACACAUUCUUCACCUGAAAAACAUCUUUCAUCUGUAAAUGUUACAAAAUGUGAUGGCUCACAGACCUGUACAAUUAUAAUGUUGAGAUCUGUUUCCAUGGGUAAGGGUGCCGUUAGUGUUAGGAGUUUAUUAUAGGAGAGUAUUACUAAUUUGUUUUGGCUUUUCCUACUUUUAUUUAUUCAUAUAUAUAUAUAUAUAUAUAUAUAUAUAUAUAUAUAUAUAUAUAUAUAUAUAUAUAUAUAUAUAUAUAUAUAUAUAUAUUCCAAGAAAGUAAUGGUGUUUGUAUGUGAGUGAUAAUGAUUUAUAAAAGUAUUUGAAAGGGAAGCGGGAAGGGGCAAAUAUGUGUACUAUUCACUGGUAAACACUUCAGUUUGCCCUCUUGUGUGAAUUAUAAUUCAUAAAAACUAAACCUCCAGCACUGCGAUCCAGGCAGCUUGCUGAAUGUGCGCUCAUUCACACCCCUGAAGUAUGUCUGGUUGAUGUUUUCAUCUGUAGGUGAGUUUGGGCUCAGUACAGGCGUCAGGAUCUACGGUUGUAAGGGGUCGCCACUGUCUGAUUGUGGCAAUUUUAUGUCUGCUUUUCAGAGUUCUUAAAAUAAUCACGAAAAUAUGAGGCCCGCAAUUACUGACAGCUUUAAUAAAUUAGUUGGAAUAUUAGAACAUAAGAACAUAUUUGAUAGACCUCAUUUGCAAAAUCUCUCAGAAACCCCCAGAAUUACAUAUGCAUAUGCACAAUUACAUAUGUAUCAAGGGCUAAAGUGCAAAGAGACACCACUCCCGGAAAUUACAUCUUAAUUGCGUGUUUAUGCAUUGCGUGCCUUUUAUAAAUCCAAACCAAAAAUUGAGAACCCUCAAUGCCAUUUUAUACAGUCGUAAAACAUCCUUUGUGCAAUCC